AUGUCGCCACACGCCGUCCACCACGCCAUCCCGCGCAUCAAACUCACAUCAGAGCUAAAACAAUUCGGCGUAACAAGCAACGCCUUCCUCCCCGAACACAGUCCCCUAAAAGUCCUCCCCGACGCCUACUACCAACCAUGGGAACUUGUCAUCUCGCAUCUUCCCGCUCUGAUUCGGUAUAAUGAUAUCAGACGUGCUGUUGAUACUCUACCUGUGCUCGGCACGCAUAGACUUAGAUCUGAGGCCGAGUGGAGGAGGGCUUAUAGUGUUCUUGCGUUUUUGACGCAUGCUUAUGUUUGGGGUGGUGAGAAGCCUGCUCAAAUCCUUCCUCCUCAAAUUACUGUCCCGUUUUUGGCUGUGUCAAAACAUCUCGAACUCCCUCCCGUUCUCUCCUACGCAGCUGCCAAUUUAUGGAACUUUACAUCCUCUUCAUCCGACUUCACAAACCUCUCCCACCUGUCCACACUACAUAGCUUCACCGGCACAGAAUCCGAAUCAUGGUUUCUUCUCAUCAGUGUCGCCAUGGAAGCACGGGCCGGCAGCAUAAUUCCUCGCAUGAUGGAAGCUCUCGAAGCAGUAAAAUCCCGCGACUACGCCACCAUUAUCUCAGCGCUUGAAGAAUUGAAGACUUGUAUUGACAGUGUGGGCGUUUUGUUGGAGCGUAUGUACGAAAAGUGCGAUCCUCAUACAUUCUACUACAAGAUCCGUCCCUUCUUAGCAGGAUCUAAAAACAUGGAAGCUGCGGGUCUUCCCAAUGGUGUUUUCUACGACGAGGGUGAUGGAAAGGGUGAAUGGAGACAUUUGAGAGGUGGAAGUAACGGACAAUCCUCUCUCAUCCAAUUCUUCGACAUCGUGCUAGGCGUAGAGCACAUUCCCACAGGAAACAACACAGCCGCAAAAGGCGAAAGAAGCUAUCACGACAUAGUGAAGGAUUACAUGCCGGGUCCUCACCGUCGUUUCCUAACACACAUUGCGCGCAUGGGCAGCAUUCGCGAACUAGCACUCCAAACUCCCCACACCGCUGAACAAGAGAAGCUACAAGCGACGUUUACUGCUGCGACGGAUGCUUUGACGGUGUUUAGAAAUAAGCAUAUUCAGAUUGUCACGCGGUAUAUUAUUUUACCGUCGAGACAGGGAAAGAUGGGAGGCGGGCCGCAGAAUCUGGCGAGUUCUAGUUUGAAGAAGGGGAAGGAGGAGGAGUUGACGGGGACGGGUGGGACUACGCUUGUCCCGUUUUUGAAGCAGAGUCGUGAUGAGACUAGUGAAGCUGGACGAUUGGAGAGAGAAUGA